CGGUUACCUUUUGCGGCCAACCGGCAUCCCCGACGUCCAGAAGGUGCCGUCUUGCGUCGUCGCGUUUGGCAAUCCGCGGGAAUGUCCCAACGGUCGGCAGAUACAAAUAUUUCAGGCCGCACUCCAGCUCCCAAUUACGCACUGACCGUGGGAGACCGAAGACGUCCUCGGGGGUUUGUUGCGAAGUCGGGACGGCCGUUUGCAGCACUGCGCUCCGCUGCUGCCAUUGCUGCUCCUCGUUGUCCUGUUGCUGCUCCUCGUGGUUCUCUUCCGCGUGUGCAUCCUUGGGAACGUGCCGCCACGUCGACGCAAAAGAAGGUCUUCGAUGAAGGACGCCAGGAUGGAGGCACGACAGGCGAUCCCCCGGUCCAGUGGGGAGCAGGUCGGAGGGAGGCGGUGCGGGGGGAGCCUGUCGACCGUUGGCAGGCCCCCCAGCGGGUUGGGUAUGAUGCAUUGCCACCGCACUUGCAACCACUCCCCGGCUCAUCGGACGAGGAGGAGGAGGUGGAGAGACGGCCACAAACCGUGUCGUUGGGCAGCGGAUCAACGCAGGAGUGGACAGCCACGGAGCUGUGCGGGACGGGCGGCGACGUGUACGAGCAGUCGUUCACUGAACUCCUUCGGCCUGGCCUUGGCGAAGACGAAGGAGAUGGCCACGUCAACCUGUCGUUUGGUUUGUCCACCGGGCGGUCUACAACUCCAUCGCGCACAGUGCUCGUGCGACCCCACCCCGGCGACGAAGGCGGGCAAUUGACAGUUGUUGAUCGAUCAGCGAGGACGAGGGCGUUGGUGAGUGAGACGGCGGGAGCAAACCAGAACUCGUCGACGGCCCAACCACGGGCGGCCUCUCCGUCCAAGGGCGCCCAGGGUCGGCCGGAGUGGAUGCAGUUGCCAUCUCACCUGUCUGCGGCGUCGGAAGUGGCACGAGGCCGUGGCGUCGGAGUCGACGGCGGGACCGACUUCUUGGAUGUUGGUGAUGGUCGCGACGGGAGGAAGGUGUGGAGGGACCUGUGGCGGGAUCACCGGCUGCGGCGAGAGGAAUACAUCACACGGGGGGUGGAGCGUCUUCACGUGGGAGACCGGGAGAACGAGAACGAGACGGACGAUCCACCGGCGGAAGCAGACGACGACGACGACAACGACGUAGAGUGUGGGGAAGGGGGGGGGGGUCACGCGUCGCCAUCGUUGCAAAGCGACAUGGCUGGUAAGGGUGGGAAGUCCAAGCCUUCCGGCCACAAUGCUCGUCCGCGGGCGAAGAAAGGGCAGGGAAAGGGGAGCGGUGGCGAAGGCGACGGUGAUGCGGAGGAGAAGCGCAACUUCUGGUCCGUGGAACACAUUAUAGCCCUCAUAAGGGCUAAACGUGACCAAGAUGCGCAUAUGCAGGGGAUGGGGCACGCAUAUGCAUGGAUGAAACCUCGGGAAUGGAAAUGGCAAGACGUCGCCCAAAGGUUGAAUAACGUCGCCGUGGACAGGAAUGCGGAGAAAUGCGGGAAGAAGUGGGAUAGUCUAAUGCAGCAGUUCAAGAAAGUCCAUCACUUUCAAUCACCGUCAGGGAGUGCCGACUUUUUCCAGUUGACGUUGAAGGAGAGGGCGAGCAGGGGCUUCAAUUUCACGAUGGAUCGCGCAGUUUAUGACGAGAUAGAGGGGUCGACUGGGAUGAACCACACCAUCCACCCGAAGAACGCGGCAGACACCGGGCGAGAAGACGACGAGGAGGGGUCGACGCGAGGCUCUUCGCAGACGACUGGCACCCCCGGCGGUUCUGGGAAAAGGAAGAGCACGAGGCAGCAGACUUUCGAGGCGCUGACGGAAUGCAUGGAGAAACACGGGGAGCUAAUGGCGUCGACGAUGGAGAUUGCAAGCAAGCGGCAAUGCUCUAUCCAGGUCCGGCAGUGCGAGGCGUUGGAAGUGGAGGUGGAAGUGCAAAGGAAGCACUAUGUCGCGUCAGACGAAGAAGGGGCCGCCUCGCAUGAGACUGCGCAACGCGUGCUUGCGCCAGUGAAUCGCCCCCGAACCCCGGCUGCACACGUGGCGGGGAGUUCCCAAGCAGCGGUUGAAGGUGGGACGUUGCGAUCUCCCGUGGUGGCGGCGCGCGGCGGCGCUGUGGCGGUCCCGGGAGAGGUGGUUGAAGUCCUGAAGGAAGGAGAUGGCGCGGCAGUCGGGGAAGACAACGAGGCUCUGGUGCACAGGCUGCGCGGGCAACGAGCGACGACACAUGCUAUGGAUGCCGCCGCCAAAUUUUGGGAGGAUGACAACAGAUUCUGGAACGACACGCAGGGGAGCGCCAUAGUGAGGAUAAUCCAAGCAGCGCGCGCGUAUCUCGUGGCCGUGGCGCGGGGAGUGCAGCCUCCGGCUAUUCGACGGAGCAUCUCCCUUCCACACAACUCCAUCCCCCAACACAAAAUCGAGGACGAGUCGGAGCUGAACGCGGCGAAAGAGAGGGCGUUGAAAGUGCAGACAAUCUCCCUCAGGGCGAUCCACGGUUGGGUCUUCAAGUCGGAGAGCAGGCAAAAGGGGUAUCACUUAGCAUACCAAUACGCGUUGAAUCACACUGCCACGGACAUCGCUAGAGCAAUGUGGUCAGCAGAGGACUGGCGCAGUUUGUUGAGCCCAAUGUUGUUCCGCACCACAUUGGACGUAGACAUGAAGUUGCCUUUGUGGUUCGUGGGCGUGAACAUAAUGGACAGGCACAAGGACGAUGAGUGCGCGACUUACCAGGAAGCUUGUGUCCAGCGUCUGGUGCGGGAUUUUACAAGCGCAGUUGGCACGACAGAAGCUAUGGACGGCGGUCGAGUGUCGUACGAGCGUCUGAAGCGGAUGGCAGAGGCGAUGAGGUAUUUGCUCACUGCCACGAUGUGGAUUAUGCUAAUGGCGGGGGACGAUCCGAGAUCGCAUUACGAUGCUUGGGUUUUCGUUCAACUGACGGCGAAGACGACACUGCUGGCGUCCAUGAACCGUCAGUUCGACGCCCGCCGACACAUCACGCAAUCCGCGCAGGUCAUGACGGACAAGUUGGGGAGACCGCCUCCGACCUUCGCCCCCCCACCGGUGUGCAUCCCCGAUUGGGCGUCUAAGUGUGGGGUCACUUUCUCGCACGACGCCACGUUGGCCUCCCCGAUGGAGGCGAAACGGUUGGAUUGGCUGGGGACAGGUCCCCCCGAGGACGACGACGACGACGCCGAAAGCGAUGACAAAGGCGAGGGGGGGUGACGCGUAGACGACGGUGAUGACGAAGGCGAGGAGGGGAUGAUCCGCAGGCCCUGUUGAGAUGGCAGGUACAAGAGGA